CUGCACUUUAUCCCCGGUCACUGGAGAGAUUGUUUGGAAAGAGGAAGGGGAGAGGCGAUCUCCACCGUUGAUCCUCUCAUCCAACGGCUCUCACACUCCUCUCCAGCACUAUUUAAGAUGGCUCAUCUCCAAACCCUCUUCUCCUCUUCCGCUGCCGAGAUCCAUGGCGGCGCGCCGGAGCUCGCCGAUAAGAUCAAGCCAUUCCGCCGCUUUGUGCUCUCUGUUUCUUCGCCGAUCCUCUUUAUCGUCCUCAUUGUGCUCCUCAUGCCGCUGGCGCAGUCGUCGGCGGUCUUCGGCCGAGGCGGUGGUGGGAGCCCGGUGUUGGUCGGCGGGAGGAAGGUGCUGCUGCCGGGGGGUAGUGUGGUUGGUCAGGGAUCGAAUAGCUAUGCGGUAGUGUUUGAUGCUGGGAGCUCAGGUAGUAGGGUUCAUGUCUUUCACUUCGAUGAGGAGUUCAAUUUGCUGAAAAUUGGGGAUGAUGUCGAGGUCUUCGAGCAGGUAAAACCUGGCUUGAGUUCCUAUGCUAAUGAUCCACAAGAGGCUGCAAAUUCACUCCUCUCUCUUUUGGAGAAAGCUGAGAGUGUGGUUCCUGUGGAAUUGCAACCUUCUACACCUGUCAGAGUUGGAGCAACAGCAGGUCUAAGAAACCUUGGAAUUGAAACAUCUGAUCAGAUUUUGCAAGCAGUUAGAGAUCUUCUGCAAAAUAGGAGCUCGUUUUUGUUCAAGUCUGAAUGGGUAGCAAUAUUGGAUGGGUAUCAAGAAGGGUCAUAUCUGUGGGUUGCUAUAAAUUUCCUGUUGGAGAAUUUGGGGAAGGAAUUAUCAGGAACUGUUGGAGUGGUUGAUCUUGGAGGUGGUUCUGCCCAAAUGGCGUAUGCUAUCUCAAACUCUGAGGCUGAAAAUGCUCCAAAUGUUCCAGGAGAAGAUCCAUAUGUGAAACCACUAAUUCUUAAGGGAAACACAUAUCAUGUUUAUGCCCAUAGUUACUUGAAUUAUGGUUUAUUGGCUGCUCGGGCAGAGAUUCUAAAUGCUGGUGGUGACUCUUAUAACUAUUGCAUUUUGGAUGGCUAUGAAGGAUCAUACACAUACAAUGGCAAGACCUACCCAUCCUCAGCUUCAUCAUCAGGCCCUAGCUAUGAUGAAUGCAGAAGCAAUGUGAUCACAGUACUGAAAGUCGAUGAGCAAUGCGCAUAUAAGAACUGUUCAUUUAAUGGUGUAUGGAGUGGAGGUGGUGGGGAUGGCCAGAAAAAUCUAUAUGUGGCAUCCUUCUUCUAUGAUAGAGCUGUUGAGGCUGGUUUUGUGGAUUCAGAACAGCAUACUGCCAAAGUGAGUCCUUUGGACUUUAAGACAGCAGCAAUGCAAGCAUGCAAUCUAAGUGUUGAUGAAGCCAAGGUUAAGUAUCCUGAUUUGGAAGAGACUGACAUCCCUUAUAUAUGCAUGGACCUGGUUUAUGAGUACAUUUUGCUUGUGGAUGGUUUUGGUCUGGAAGCAUCACAAGAGAUCACACUGGUAAAGCAGUUGAAUUAUGGUGAUUCCUUAGUUGAGGCAGCUUGGCCACUUGGUACUGCCAUUGAGCUAAUAACAUCUGCCUCCAAGGUUAGUAUCACUGAGGAUUCAAAGCAGUUGCUUUGAGAUUGAGCCUCAUUGUGUUCAACUUCCACUCUGAAUCUUAAUUGCCAAAACAAUACACUUCUGCUGCUAACCCAUACUUAUUGAUUGUAAUGGAGAAGCAUGCCUAUAAUAAAUUUGGCGAAGUUUUUAAGAUUUCCUUUCU